UACAUGAUUGGUCCAUUCCGUUGAAUCAAAGAUACUUGUUCUCUCUCUUUCCGUGUGAAAAAAGAAAUAACUUGUGCUCCUGAUAAUUGUUGUAACAGGUGUUUUUGUUUAUCCGCGAUGAUUACAAGUGCGACAGCUACUCUCACUAACAGCAGGCAUUCACUCGUUAUCAGCUGAUGGUUUAAAAAGUUAAAUCCCAAGGUGUGUUUUGACUGAAAUUAUGAUGAAGACUCAUUGGAUAAGAUGAAGUUCUGGUUGAUGGUGAUUUUGUUGGGGCUGUCAAGGCUUGGAGACUGUUACAAUGAUAUACUUCCAAAGAAUACUAGCUUGGAGCCUCAAAGCAUAUACAGGCCUGACGGUCCCCUGGUUCUCUGCAAAUUUCUGCCUAAGGAAUUCAUAGAAUGCAUAGAACCGCAGGACCACAAAGGAAACAAAACAGCCAAAGAAGAUAAUCAGGGCGUGGGCUGUGUAAAGUUUGGUGGUUCAAGAUACGAAGAUGUAGAAAAGACUAAGGUUCGAUGUACAGUUUUGCCAGAUAUUGAAUGUCAUGGUGAAAAAACAUUCAUUAGAGACGGCAUACCAUGCAUUAAAUACAGCGGACAUUACUUUACGAUCACACUGCUGUACAGCAUUCUGUUGGGAUUUCUCGGUAUGGAUCGUUUUUGUCUUGGACAAACUGGUACCGCAGUUGGCAAACUGUUAACAUUGGGUGGCAUUGGAGUAUGGUGGGUUGUAGAUGUUAUCCUUUUGGUUACAAAUUCACUGCAGCCUGAGGAUGGUAGCAAUUGGAAUCCUUACGUUUGACAAUGUGUCAGUUCAUUAAAGACUAUGGCUUUUUUUGUUUUCUUAAUAAAUAGCAGCGAUUUUUAUUAUACCGUAUCUUUACAAAACUUGGUUUUAUUUGUGCAAUCUUGUGUUGAAACGUUGAAUGUCUUGCACAUGGGUGAUUCUUGACAUUUUUGUAAAAAAUUUACAUCUUUGUACAUAAAUACAGAAAAUUUUUAAAAAAUAUUUUCAAACUCUUGAC